CACUCACGUUGUCCUGGUAAGUAAAGCAACCGCUGGCUCCUAAGCUUGAUUCCACAUUCAGGAUUUGUCAGAUAGUUGUCGACUGAAGGCGAAUUACGAUGCAGAUUCACGUGUUAUUCUUCAUCACCUUUCUGAAUCUCGUGCAGAUGAAUCGUGCGGAUGAUUACGGUUGGGGAGAGUGCCCGAAAGUGAAACCUGUAUCCAACUUUGAUUUCACUAAGUUUUCCGGUCUGUGGUACGUGAUCCAAAAAUUUGACUUGUCUUCGCCGUGCUGGACAUAUUAUUUCGUCAACCAGAACGGCAUACAAAAGGUCAUCCAAAGCCAAAAUCAGACGAUAAAUGAGCGUGAACCGGGAAAAACGCCAGGCAACAUAGGGACGCUGGAAAUCGUUAAUGCCACUGAACCUGGUUUUAUGAACGUUCGAUUUUCUGACAAUAUACUUGGAAAAGCUGAUUACACUGUAUACUUUACCGACUACGAGAAUUACGGAGCGAUUUUCAGAUGCCAGAAAGUCUUGUUUGGUCAUCGACGAUCGGCUACCAUUUUAUCCAGACAACCGUACUUGACACCAUCGCUUCGGAAUCAGGCUCGGGCAAAACUGAUAAGCUUCAACAUCGAUAUCAGCUCCUUCAAAAGCACCGAUCCCAUGUUUUGUAAAAACCCAAGGGGAUCUGCAGACGAUACUGUUGGCCGAAGAAACAACACGCAGGAAUGGUUUUUGCCAGAGAACUGA